AUGGCCAUGGGCGUUCGGAAACGAAGCGGGAGCAUGGAUAACUUGGGUGGGAUCCAACGAAGCCCCCGAUGUCACGGCGGACUCAAGCUCAUGAAGAACAAACAGGAGUGGAAGCGCCAUCUGCGAUCAGCAAUCCAUCCGGCCAUCUUUGGGACAUGCUACCAGUUGGCGGACUUGCUCGCCGAGCUCCUCGGGUUGCGGCGUCAUGCUCGAGCGGAGGUUCUUCUUGCUGCGCCGAAGAUACUACAAGCUCUUUUCGCCACCCUGAGCGACUUGUACACCUGGAAGCUCGCCUCUUACAUCUACGGCGCCCAGUCCCCUGCGCCGCUGGCUGCCCUUGCUCUAACAGUCGCCAGUCCGUGGCAAUGGUUCUGUUCAACGCGGACUUUCUCCAACUCGUUGGAAACAACGCUCACGGUCGUCGCUCUGUACAAUUGGCCAUGGCACUGGGCAGUACCACUUCCCAACCGCGAGGAGACUGCCGUCACCGCCGUCGACGACCAUGGCGUCCGCGUCCGAGAGACGUCGACCCGAACGGAAAAGUCCACAGACGAACUCACCAGGCUUAGAAGAAGCCUGCUUUGCGCGGCGGUGGCUGUGAUUCUGCGACCCACGAACGUCCUCAUUUGGAUGACCCUCAGCUGGUAUACAUUCGUUUGGAACCGGAAUGGUCCGGUGGGUGAGAAAAAGAUGUUCGCUCGCGAAACGGUCGUCUGUGGAAGUACGAUCUUGCUGCUCUCCGCCGUGGUUGAUCGGAUCUUCUACAACGCGUGGGUAUUCCCGCCUGUCAACUUCCUCCGCGUCAACGUCCUGCAGUCUUUGGCUUCGUUCUACGGGAACAAUGACUGGCAUUAUUACAUUACACAGGGGUACCCUCUCCUGCUGACGACGGCGCUCCCAUUCACUUUGGUCGGACUAUACCGUGUGUGCUGGCAAUCGAGCAAUGACGUGGCCACCGAAGACGCCACUCCAGCAGGGCAGAUCACGCUGAGGCUGCUCGCGAGAAUAUCCCUCCUCGUGCCCGCCGCCUUCUCACUCAUCUCGCACAAGGAAGUCCGCUUCAUCUACCCGCUUCUCCCGGCUCUGCACAUCAUCACCGCCCUCCCGGUAUCGUCUUUCUUCCUAUCUCUGUCGCCUUCUACACGACCGGCCUUGGCGCGCCAAUCGAUCUUACUGCCCGUCCUGGCCCUCAACGUCGCAAUCGCAUACUAUACCUCGCAGAUGCACAACUCCGGCAUCAUCUCCCUAACAACUUACCUCCGCGGAGAGUUCGAAUCUCAGUACCUUGGACGGCAAGCCAACAUGACAAUCGGCACCCUCAUGCCGUGCCACUCCACGCCCUGGCGCUCUCACCUGCAAUAUCCACCUUCGUCAACCGACCCAGGCAUCCGAGGCUGGGCAUUGACGUGUGAACCACCACUGGACCUCAACCACACGGAGAAGCAAACGUACAUGGACGAGGCAGACCAAUUCUACGCGAACCCCACCAUGUGGAUCAAGAAGCACAUGAGCCGGCACAUGCCAUUGGCUUCUUCGCAACUCGACGACCGAGCCAUGGGAGGAGGGCACGCACCACUACGCCACCAUCACUAUGAACCACGCUCAGCGCACAAGCUCGACACCCUCCCAGCCGAGGUGCUGGCCAGGGAGCGCGAAGAGAUCUUCUGGGCCACGUGCACGGGCCGGAAACCCUGGCCCGAUUAUCUCGUCUUCUUUGCCCACUUGGAGCCGACUAUGCAGGCUGCGCUCCGGGGCAGUGCGUACGCGGAGUGUUGGCGGGCUUUUAAUUCCCACUGGCAUGACGAUGCGAGGAGGGUGGGCGACGUGGUCGUUUGGUGCUUGGAUCCCGCUCUGCAGAAGCGGUGGGGUGAGAACGGCAAUAAGGGUUUGCGAAAGCAUGUCACGCGUGGAGCUGCGCCCGCAGGGGGAGCUGGAGUCGAAGCUGAAGAAGGGGCUGGAGGACAUGGACAGGGCAGUAAUGGUGGGCAGAAAAUCCUGGGACGAGGGCACGCGAAGAGAGACGGAGCAAAUAUAGACGUGACGAGGAACGCGAAGAGCAAGCAGAAGGAAGACUCCAUGUCAAAGGGCCCCCACAGCAACACCGAACCUUUCAGACGGGUCGUGGAGAAGCCGUUCUGGAAACACAGAGAGCCAGAACCAGAAGCCGACUAA